UAAUAUAUUUAUUGUGUUGGAUACUGGACACUUACUGUAUAAGCUAAUGUCAAGUUAUUAUUAUGUCUGAUUAUCACAUAAUAAGGCAAACUAUCUGUAAGGUAGUUAAUGUUCCUACUAAGCAAAGAAAGUAGUUCAAGCUACUUUAACUUGGCAGAGAUAAUUGACUAGUCAUAUUAUCCAUGAACCAGUGGGGUGGUAUAUUGUUAAUAUGAUUAGGCAAUAUAUAGUUAAGGUACAUAAAUAUAAUUGUUUAGUUUUUUGCAUUUUGUAGUUAACCUCUUAACUCAUGAUAUUCCUCUUAACAACGAGACUGUAACAUGAGAAUAUGAAAAUGGUAGAAACUAGUAAGUACGUACUACACAUAAUGUUAAUAUACUGUGGUUAGUUGAAUGAGUUGUUUUCAGGAAACCCAGGCUGUUUUGAAAACAGAGGUGAAAAACAUGUGGAAUAUUAUUUAGGCCCAAAGCUGUCUACUCUUGGUCCCGAUUUCAAAAAUAAUUAUCGUAAGAUACACUUUUCUUCCCGUCCCUCUUUGCCCCCUUUCGCUCCAAAUACUCCCAAAUUAUAUUUUCAUAAAAGUUAAUGUUGCCGUUUUGAAAAACUCUUUAUAAUUGUCGACCACCGAUUCAUCAUACAACUCGAGAGACAGGACCCCGCCUAGAACUUAGAAGUUUGUAGACAAAAUUUGAAAACAGUGUCUCUCUUUUUUAACAUCAAACAGUAUAUAUAACAAAGAAAGAAUAAUAAUAACAUGUUCUAGAAAAUUCUUUCUUAUAAACCUUUCAAGUCUUUAAAUCUUGUUAGUGGCAUCAUUUAGAAGUAAUUCUAUAAAUAUUCAAUAUAUGCACGAUGUUCAAGCGGGAAUGCUUAAAUCGCUCGUCAAGAAUAUUCUUUCUGUUGGAUCCUCGUCAUUGACCCAUAUAUGUCUACAUAGCCGUAGGUGUGAUUCCACAAAGCUAUUUUGAAUUCCGUGGAAGCUUUCAGAAAUAGUGGUCUUACUUUUACAAAUUUUCUUAUGAUUUACGUCACACCAUGCCAGUUUUAUUAGCAUAAAUAGACUUUCAGUUAUAGACCAAUAAACACAUUGUACGGACAUACUUAUCGUGCUUCUCUCUCUCUCUCUCACCGCCUCACGUGACGCUUGAUUACAUACACAAGGUCUUUGUUUUCUUGUCUUCUUUUUCCAACCAUACAGAAUGAUUCAUAUUAGUAUAUGAAUUAUGAAGCUUUAUGUCAUUUUGAAAAUGUGGAGCCUACAAAGCAAAAACUCUUCGAACUAAACGUAUCAACUUAUCAAUUAAGAAAUUUAAAUAGAAUUGAACAUGUGAAAUUAAGUCAAAAGCUCAUCCAUAUGAAAUAGAAAGACUGAAAAACUAAAAGUUACGAAGCAGAUAAAACCUAACUUUUCUUGUUAAAGCUUAACUUAAUAAACUAUCCUACAUGAUUCAUUCAUAUAAAAUAAAAAUUUUAAUUGGCUAAAUAUGUGUCAAGGAGUUACACUAGGUCAUGGUAUAAAUAAGAUGCACAUUACAGAAACCGGUAUCAUUUAAUUCAGUAUUCCAGUUCAUUACUUCAUUCUAUUUUCUUCAACAUUUCAAUUUUUGUCCAUUUAUUUCGUUUCAUUUUGGAAACACUCUCAAUCUAUAUAUAAUAUAAGCAGCUCUCUUCUCCCAGCUCCCUCUAGAUCACUCUCUCUCUCUCUCUCUCCAUUUUUCUUUUUCAUCCCCUCUCUCUAUUUAACUCAAUCACUACAAACUCAUAAUCAAAUAAAAACAAUAAAUAAUUAACAGAGACCGGCCUUCACCUAAGUCAGAAGCUCUCUCUUUCCCUCUACAUAUUCCGUUCUUCUUGCAACACGGAAAUGAGCGAGAAGUGGAAGCUGUCGAAAAAGGAUGCAUCAUCUGCUUCCUGCUCAUCUUCUAGUUCCUCUAAAUCCAAGUUCUCUAGAAGCUUCUCAACGAGUGCUUCCUCAACAAAGGCUCCCGCAUUAGUACGGAGCUCAUCCACCAAAUGUUCAGUGCCAUCUUCUUCCUCUUCCAUCUCAAGAAGCACCUCGAAGAAAGAGAAAGGAUCAUCAUCUUCCAUUACCCAAAAGUACAGUAGCAUAGCCAAAGAACAGAAGGGAAGGUUUUACAUCAUGAGAAGGUGUGUGGCUAUGCUUGUUUGCUGGCAUAAACAUGAUUCCUAGCCUAGAUCUCAUGCAAUCUAUAUUCUUUUCCUUUUGGUAUUAGAUCAGUUUGAUUCUCUACUCUAGGUUGCUACAAGUUUCUAUAAUAGGACAUUGUAAGACCCUGGUAAGAAAGAGAAUCUUUUGAUAAUUAGUACUUUAUUUUUAUUAAUUUGAUAAGACAAAGUUCUGUAUACAAAUGUACAAAUAACUUCGAAUAUUUAAAAUAAAGUGAAAGUUUUAUGCCACAA